UUGUGAGCAGGGUGGCCCUUAAGCGCAUUGUCCUCCAUUCCUGUAAAGGACCUGUCUCUGAGCAUCAUCAAACCCCCCACGCGCCGGAGGGAACUGAUAUAUGCAAGGCGUGGCUGAGAAACACACACACACACACACACACACACAGCUCUUGUCUCAUCUCUGCGGUGUAGAUCUCCGGCUGCGUGCACCUGUCCAUACACACGGAAUAUUUCUCCAUCACAGAGACAGAGGGACAGAGAGACAGAGAGAGCAGGAACCAAAAGGACUUCCCACUCACUCUCUCCGUUUCAUGCACGGGGGAUCUCGGGCGCGCGCGCGGGUCGGGAGCUGGCUGACUCGUCGACAUGGGUCCGGUUAGCGCGCGAGGCUUGUGCCUGCUCUGCGUCGCCGCCGUCGCGCUCGCGCUGCUCCGCGCGCCGCGCGCCGAAGGCAGGCGGCGGACGACCCGCUGCCCCGCGAGCUGCACGUGCACCAAGGACACCGCGCUGUGCUCGGGCAGCAACUCCAUUCCGCGCGGCUUCCCUCCUGACGUCAUCUCGCUAUCCUUCGUGAAGUCCAGCUUCAGUGAAAUCCCCAAGGAGAGCUUCAUUCACACCCCAGCCCUCCACCUCCUACUUUUCACAGCUAACGUGUUCGAGUCCAUUAAUGAGGAUGCCUUCCUUGGUCUUCCACAUUUGGAAUACCUGUUUAUUGAAAAUAAUCAAAUCAAGUCUAUAUCACCUUUUGCCUUUCGAGGUCUUAAGUCCUUAAUACACUUGAGCCUUGCCUUCAACAAUCUGGAGUCUCUACCCAAAGAUCUUUUUAAAGGGGUGGAGACAUUGACAAAAGUUGACUUGCGAGGAAAUCUGUUCACCUGUGACUGUAAACUGAAGUGGCUGGUGGACUGGAUUUACCACACGAACGCAACCGUAGACCAGAUAUACUGCAACAGCCCUCCAGCCCUUCAGGGAAAGAAAAUCAACGAUCUUACUCCACAGUCGUUUGAUUGCAUAACCACUGCUUUUGUUGCAGAUUUUUCAUUGCUCAAGUCUCUUGAGUUCCAGUCCAUUUCAGUGGAGACGUUUACUUUUGGUGGUGACCAGUAUGUGGUGUUUGCCCAGCCUUUCAUCGGAAGAUGCAGCUUUAUGGAAUGGGACCAUGUUCAAAUGGAAUUUCGAAAUUUUGACAAUAUAACAAGCACCUCCACUGUUAUCUGCAAACCUCUGGUGAUUGACGAACAGCUGUUUGUGAUAGUCGCUCAGCUCUUUGGUGGCUCACACAUUUACAAGCGAGACAUCUCCGCCAACAAGUUCAUCAAAAUCCAAGACAUCGACAUCCUGAAAAUCCGCAAGCCCAACGAUGUCGAGGUGUUCCGCUUGGAUGGAGAGUCCUUCUUUGUCAUUGCCGACAGCUCCAAAGCUGGUUCUACCACCGUGUACAAGUGGAACGGCAACGGCUUUUACUCUCACCAGUCGCUGCACCCGUGGUACCGCGACACGGACGUGGAGUAUCUGGAAAUUUCCGGCAAACCACACCUGAUCUUAUCUAGCAGCUCGCAGCGGCCUGUCGUCUACCAGUGGAACAGGGGCUCCAAGCUGUUCGAGAGGCGCACUGACAUCCCCGAGAUGGAGGACGUCUAUGCCGUGAAGCACUUUCAAGUGAAGGGUGAGCUCUAUCUGUGCCUGACACGCUUUAUCGGUGACUCCAAAGUGAUGAAAUGGGAUGGCGCUAUGUUCGACGAGGUCCAGAGCGUGCCAUCACGGGGCUCCAUGGUCUUCCAGCCAUUCACGGUGGCGGACUGGCAGUACGCCAUCCUGGGCAGUGACUACUCCUUCACUCAGGUGUACCGCUGGGACCCCAAGAAAGGCCAAUUUAUUCACUUCCAAGAGCUCAACAUUCAGGCCCCUCGAGCAUUCUCACUGGUGUCCAUUGAUAAUCGUGAAUUCCUCCUGGCGUCCAGUUUUAAGGGUCAAACGCGCAUAUACGAACACUUGAUCCUUGACUUGAGUGAUUGAUUGAAUGGGGAAACGGGGGAUGGCAGGGUUACUGAUAAACCAGUGAUACUUUCCACUUUGUGGGUAAAUGGAGAGAAGGUACUGAUAAAUCAGUGAUGCUUCCCAGCUUGAGAAUCGACAACAUGGGUAGCACACAUGCAUGCCGAUGCCGAUACAUAGAUGUCCUCCAUCGCUUGAAAUCCAUAUUGUUAAAUGCCAAGCCAUGCUCUAACACACUUCUUCACUGAGUGUAAUUGUUAUCUUAACUAUAAGAUUACAGAUUUUUGGUGAUUAUUCUAAACACAGCUACUGAAAAAUAGAUCUUUUAUUCUAUUCUAUUUAUUAUCCUGUUUGAAACAAGUAAAAUCCGCUAAAUUCAAUGUUUACAUUUUAUCCCUGCUUUCCAUUUGUAAACUGAAUAUGUAUUAUGCUUUUGUAAAAAAAAAAAAAAAACAAAUGAAAAAAGUGCGGCCAAACCAGCAAACGAAUUUGAUAGGAUUUUAAAAUAAUUUUUAUUGAUGUCGGUUUGUAUGAUCUGUAAACGCAACUGAAGACACUGUUUUAAUAGUUCAAUCCGGUGAAGAGUAAAUUUUAAUAAACCGUACGAUCAUGACAUUGCUCUAUUGGACCAACAAUCGUUCCCCACACAUGUAUUCAAUUUAUUAUGCCUGCGUUGUUUGGUAAGCCAAAGGUUAACACUGAAGCCAUGGUUUUAAAAUGAAAUAAUAAAAAAAAUAUAUAUAAAUCAACUUACAUGUACUGUAUUUGAAUUUCUGACUGCAGUGUUUUGCUUUUUUUUUUUUUCUUAAUAAAAUCAAAAGUUAGCCAGAGGUACAAUA